AUGCCGGAUACACUUCGUUUUUCAAACACUCUCGAGGUCGUUAAUCAGUUCAAAGAAGUUGUGAAUUGUAUAUCUUGGUAAUUUUUUCAUCAUCAGAAUAAGGAAAUAUAAAUGGUUUUCAGCCGUAAAAGUUGCUCAGAGCUUCAAUUUGUCGGAGCUUCUUGUAAACAUGCCUUCUGUUGGUAAUAUGCAGAAAAUACUAAAAAUAAAUUAAGAAAUUCUUUCAGGGAGUGUAUCGUGAGUUUCAAAUCUGCAGAUAAAAAGCGCAAGAAGCUUCCUCUCUGUCCCGAAUGUUAUCUGCAGCUCGAUCUCAACAAGAUAUCGGGCGCGACGACUUUAAACAAUUGUUACGGAUAUUUGGAAGAAUUGUCCGAUCUAUUACUUCAGGUAUCCAUAUUAAUAAACGCGUACUUUAAACUUUUUUCUUGAAGUUUGAUAAAGCUGCGGGUCAGGAUGAUCAUAAUCUUCCUGCCACACAAAGCAUUUUAACGAAUAUGGAAAACACGGGAUUCAAAGCGAGGUCAAAUAAUAUUUUGUUUCAAAAAAACUUUUGAUUUCAGAACUAUUGAAGAGUUUUUGUGUACGCAACCUGUAGAGUUUUUAGAGUUGGAGGGCUUUGACGAAGGGUUGGUUUUUGCAGAAGUCAGUUUUCGUCAUGUAGCCCCUUUCAGAGAAAAGGCUUGCGGGUCGCCAGAGUACGACCUUUUUGGUGAAUUACAUCUCAACAACAUCCCUUUGAGAGAAAUCAAAGAACCUCAGUCUUCGUAUGUUUUUCAAUCGUCAGUUAGUUUCUCUAGAAAAUCUUAGUUUUGAGUUGAAUGUAUAUAUGUUUCCUCUCAAAAACUCAGAACUGACAAAAAAUCGAAUGCGCAAGAUAGCAGGGAAAAGAAAAGGAGGCGUUUGGACAGUUCCGAUGAAAAUUUUCUCUCGAAACUACCAUGCGGCGCAGAUCUUUUGUUCAUGUCACAAGUGCCCGCGAAAAACUUGGCUGACGACAUCACGCCUUUCGUGCCGGUGAGGCUUUCCAUUUAUUUUCCUCAGUGAAAGAAGAUUUUUAGAGGAGAUCGUCGAUUCCGGCUCCCAGGAAGUACGAGCAUUUGGGCAGGGCUGUAGACGGACUGUCUCUCAUUCAUGAGGUGAUCAGACUCCCAAGAAGUUUCUAAAAGAUGAGAUCAGGACGAGGAAGCAUUGAUCGCCGAUGACGACGCCUUCUCGAAAAAGGUGACGCUCACCCGAAAAAUGAGCUCUGCCAGCAGCGAAGCUCCAGACAUCUCUUCGGAAGGGUCGAAACGAAGGUCCAUGUCGCCUGCGAGAAGCAAGGCAAUUUCCUAACUCCCUUCACAGAAAACAAAAAAGUUCUAAAGAGAAAAUCCGUCGCUGGGCAUCGCGGCGAGAACGUCAUAAUGAGCGCUAUCCUCAACAAUCGCCCUGAUCUGCUGCAGAAGGCCAUUGAGGUUUCGAAGGUAUUUCUUCCUUUGAAGGGAUCGGUUUUGAGGCGGGAGAAGAUGUGAACGAAAGCAAUAGCCGAGGAUUCAUGCCUCUGUACGUUGCCACAGAAAACAACAACUUCGAGGCGGCGAGAAUGCUCAUCGACGCCGGGGCCAUUAUCAAUGCCGCUUGUCAGUUUUAGUAUUUUGAACGUUCUUACUUAGACUUUCUGCGAUAUAAAGUUCUCGUUUUUCUUAUUCGAGAUCGGUUCAGGGUUCCAGAAAAUAGACUAAGACUAUAAUUGAGGAUGCCUUUCUUGGUGGGCGGAUUCAAUUGAAAAGAUUUCUGUCUUUGCCACUGUUUUUCGUACCUAUAUUCUCGAAAACAAUUUUUUGAUUGCGAUUCUGUGAAACACAAGUGCAUUAACCGAUUAAAAGUGAUGCUUAUACGUUUAAUAAACAUUUGCAGGCGGACCUCGAUGUAGAACUGCUUUGCACGAAGCCGCGCGUUGCCAAAAUUUCGACAUGAUCGAGCUUUUGCUUCAAAAAGGCGCUAGUCUUAAGGUUUAGUUUUCUUUCUCGUUUUUCCUGGUAAAUGGUUUUUUUGUCUCAUGACCCUCAACUUAUUUCUUGAAACUAAUUUUCGUUCAGGUUAAAGAUAUCGGCGGCGACACCACGUUCGAAAGUCUACAGUACUGCCGUGCGACACGCGAUCUGUGCCAAAAGUAUAUCGAGAAGCCCCGUCCCCUGCAGCCGAGUUCGUUUUUGCCUGCUUCCGAAUCAGAACAAAUUUUCUUAGUUAUAAUGCCGCCUCGAGCGAAAACUUUCCAAGUUCAUCUCAUCGAUCCGUCGCUGGCCACUCGUUGGGCCAAGAAGAAAUUGCCGAAUAACGUUCAGGUACAUCUUUCCGUCACCUUUUUUUUCUAGAUUUAUUACUUCAAAUAGCCCUAACUCGAGGCGAUCUUUCCACUUUUUCGGAAGUUUCAGAUUGUGACACGUGAUGACUUCUCGUACACGCAUUUGGCGUUGGAGGUCGACGAUGCGGGGCUUUUCGUGCUCGACGGAACUAACAUGUUCACAGUUUUGAAAGCUAUGAUGAAGUGAGAAGGCUUUUUUUUCUCAAACCUGAGCUAUUUGCAGAUCAAUUAAUAUUGUUUCGCUGAGUUGGCUUGAAGAAUGUCUAGAAGGCCAAGUUCAAGCGGUAGAAAGACCAUACGAAGUUCGAAAAAUAAAAAUGAAAUCCACGAAUUCAUUCCGUUUUUCCUAGAUCUCCCAAAUCCGCGUUCUGAGUGGAGGGCCAAUCGUGACUAAGAGUAUCGAAAAAUGGCGCAAGUGCAUUGAAAGACGGGUUUGUUGAUUAAUAGAGCAGAAUCAAUAUUUUUGUUCUUUCCAUGGAAGAUCUAAUUAAUUCCUGAGUUUUUACGUUUCCGAAUAUUUCGCGCUGUUGUUCAGGAAUAUUCUUCUCAGGGCAAGUAUUCCUUAUCAAUUUUUCAAAUCAUGACAUGAAAACUUACAAACCUAAGCAUUUUAUUUGUUACUCCGCUUUCAAAGUAGUUUCAGCCAAAUAGAAAUGAUCUCUGAUUCUAAAAUCUUUUUUGUCUUGUUCACUCUCUGAGGGUUAAUCUAUUCCUUAAAUUAACUUCGAAAGCGGCAUCGUAGGCGGCGAAUGUCACAAACCAAUAUUUCCAGGAAGCCAAACUUUUUUCCGGAUGCAAGUUUUACUUUCUGAGGCCGCGCUAUGAAAUGCUAGGUUAGUGAGUCUUUGAGGGGCUUUGCAAUAUGUAUUGGGUUGAGAACGGACGCAGCUCGUGGAAUUGGUCCGAGAGGGCGGUGGCGAAGUCGUUAUACGCGAUUCCUACGUCGAGCAGCAAUGUCAAUGGCCAUUCCACAACCGACUUCUCAGUCCCAAUUUCGUCGUGUACAGCAUCCGUCAUGCUGUGAGUUGAACAUCACCUAUACCGGGAAAAUUCUAGACAAAAGUUUUUUUGUUUAGUAGCUGUUUUCCAGGUUCCCGAAAAGUACCGAAAUUCUGCACGCUAUUCUCUGGUCUGCGAACAAUGGCUGCUUGAAACGAUUCUCACGUUCACCAUGGGCAACCCUUAUUAA